GCUGAUGCUCUAAUACGAUUAUUGCCCUUGAUUGGAUCCUCAAGUAUCAGCACUGCUUUUCUAGUUGCAAUCACAUGUGUUUUGGCCCCGUUACUUGAGGAGACUGUGUUUCGAGGUUUUUUGAUGGCAUCCUUAACUAAGUGGUUUCCAACGCCAAUAGCAGUUCUUCUCAGUUCUGCAGCUUUUGCUCUUGCACACCUCACCCCUGGAGAGUUUCCUCAACUAUUUGUGCUUGGGACUGCCCUAGGGUUUUCUUAUGCUCAAACGCGCAAUCUGCUCACUCCCAUCACCAUACAUGCAUUUUGGAACUCUGGAGUGAUAUUAGUACUGACAUUUCUUCAGCUCCAAGGUUAUGAUAUCCGAGAGUUAUUGCAGGCGUCUUGAAAGGGAGUGAUAUGCAUUAUGGUUCUGAGUUCUCUGAGUUCUUUCAUCAAUCUUAUUAUUUUCUUUUUUAAGAAAAAUGGACUAAACAAACGAAGAAAAAAAGAACGGGGAGCGAAAUUUGUUCUCAAGUGUUUGUAAGUUUGGUGUCAUCUUGCACUUGAAGAUCAUCUAAUUGACAUUAAAUUAAGACAAUGGUUAAAUUUUUAGAAGAUUAUUUUAAAUCUAUAUGAUUCUAAGUUCAUUUUGUAUUA